AUGGGGGACCAGCAAUUGUAUAAAACUAACCAUACUGCCAACAGCAAUGAGAACUUGUACUACCAACAACACCAAAUGAACUCCCUUCCAUCUCUAAAUCAUAGCUAUGGGCCAUCUGUUAUGGAUGCUCCCCAGGCAUCCCCUCUUUCCCCCCAGUUUCCCCAAGAUUCAAGAGACAGUAUAGCUUUGCCUGUAGGUUCAAAAAGUCUUGGGUCAAUGGAUACAUCUAGACAAAACAGUUGGACACAUUCUGGCUCAGGAAACCAUGUCCCAGUGAGGAACAAUUUGAAUAAUCAAAGCGCAAUGUGGAGCCCCCUCGGGCAGGGGGAGUCCCACGAUGGAUAUCAAUAUUCUUACUCUCAAGCCAGUGAAAAUCGGUCGCAGAAAAUUACCAGUGGGGUCCUGCAUAAAUUGGACUCCUUUACACAAGUAUUUGCUAACCAAAAUCUGAGAAUUCAAGUCAACAACAUGGCUCAGGUUUUGCACACCGAGUCUUCGAUGGUGGAUAAUUCUGGUGACAGUGCGCUCAGGCAGCUGCUGUCCCAGAAGCCAGCGGUUGAGCAACAGCCUGUAACUUCCAGUGUGCAAAGGUAUCAACCACUGCCACAGCAAACACACCAGAAUUUUGCAAGCACACAGCAAAAGCAACAAAUGCAAGUCAUGCAGCACCAACAGUUGUACUACGACUACCAGCAGCAUUUAUCACAAAUGCAGAUGCAUUCUGCGUUUCAGCAAGGACAGACGCACGUUCAACAAAUGCAGUCCCAGCAGCUCUUACCGCAACAGAUGCAGCACUUGCAGCAGACUCAAUACUACACUCAGCCGCAGCAGGGACAUCAGCGGCUCUCGAUACAGGAGAUCCAGCAGCAACAGCCAACUCGGCAGCAGCAGCAGCGGCAGUGUCCAAUGCAAAUAGCUCAGUAUUACCAAACACAACCUGUCAUGCAGCAGUUACAGCAACAGCAGCAACAGAUGCAAUUGCCGCUUCCUCCAUAUCACAGGGAACCUGAUCCAAAGACUAUGCAUGAACCACACCAGUACUCUCAGGAUCCAAGUCAUCCUGUGCAGCUUAUCCAGUUGGGAGCAGUGCCUCAGUAUUGCUACCAAGAUCCCCAUGAACAGUAUAGGCACUUGUACCCGCAGAGUUUACUGCAGCAGCAACAGCAGCAAGAUCAGCAGAAGCAAUACGUGAGUGAGAGCAGAGCGCCGUCUCUGAACUCCCACAUUGGCCUCACUCCACCAGAGACCGCGGAGGAUCCUGCACAGCAGGAGAUGAAUUCUGUAGGUAAUGCUGUCCCUCAUCGAACUCUUUUGCCAGCCUCGGGAGUUCAUCUGAACAACAAAAGCUCUCAGCAAGACUCUCCCAGUGCCGUGUGGCCUCAGGUGCAACUGUCAGAUGGCAGACUGCAGCCGCUGUCCCCAGAACAAAGUGGCCAGAACAGAGAAACACUUCCUGAGAGAGCUGACGCGAAGAACAAAUUAAUGUGUUCAGUAUGCUUGAAGGAGUUUAAGAGUUUGCCUGCUCUAAAUGGUCACAUGAGGUCACACGGAGGAGUAAGAGCAUCUCCUAACUUCAAACAGGAUGAAGGAGAGAAACCACCACAGCAGCUGCAGCCUAAAGAGGUGGAUAGCCUUGCGCCCAUCGUCAUGCCAGUGUCUGUCCCUGUAAAGCUUCUGUCACCCGAGCCCAGCACGCAGCCCUCUGCCAGCACUGCCACAGUCAAAGACAAGCCUGCCAACUCUGUGUCAGAUGAUGAGAUGCCCGUUCUCGAAAUUAGCAAAAAACCUCAUCAAAGUGCUGUAAAAUUGGAAGAAAACUUCAAACCAUUGCAGGACAAGAAGAAGUAUCGGCACAGACCUGAACCUCUGUUCAUACCUCCUCCUUCCUUCAACUUCAGCAUGUCCCACUCCGGUGCCACCCUGUACCAGAGUCAGCUUCGCUCUCCCCGUGUUCUCGGAGAUCAUCUGCUAGACCGGACACAUGAACUCCCCCCAUACACUCCACCACCGAUGCUUAGUCCAGUUCGGCAAGGGUCUGGUCUCUUCAGCAGUGUUAUUACAUCAUCUCAUAGCACCUCACAUACUCAGCUGCCACUUACUCCACUGACACCUACUCCACGAGUGCUCCUGUGUCGGUCUAAUAGUAUUGAUGGAAGUGUCAUUCCAGUGACGCCUGGGCCUGGAGAACAGACUGUUGAACCACGAAUCAAUAUUGGGUCCAGGUUCCAGGCUGAUAUUCCUGAGCUGCAGGACAGAUUGCUAAUGGAGAAAGAUGUGCACAAGGCUACUUUGGUUUGGAAACCAUGGCCAGAACUGGAAAACAAAGUCUUCCAACAAAGAGUGGAAGACCUUUUAAAUAUGAGCUGUUCCAGCGUGUUACCUGGUGGAGGAACUAACUCAGAAUAUGCUUUGCACUCUCUCUUUGAGGCGAAAGGAGAUAUUAUGGUUGCUCUUGAGAAGCUGCUGUUGAGAAAGCCAGUGAGGUUGAAGUGUCAUCCUUUGGCCAAUUACCACUACGCCGGCUCUGACAAAUGGACGCAUCAAGAAAGGAGGCUGUUCAAAGAAGCAUUGUCCACCUACAGCAAAGAUUUCAUAUUUGUACAGAAAAUGGUUAAGUCUAAGACGGUUGCACAAUGUGUGGAAUACUACUAUACCUGGAAGAAAAUCUUGCGUUUGGGACGUAAACACAGAACACGUUUAGAGAAAAAAAGAGAGGAAUGCCUGACAAGUGGAGAAGAGGAAGUGUUAGAGGAAGAUGAGGAGAUUGAAGAAGACAGAAGGGAAGAAAGGGAAAUGCAGAAGUCUCCUGACCCACCAGCUAUCCCUCUUGUUGGACCUAUAGAUCUGCCUGCCCUUCAGAGCCUUUCACUUUCUUCAUCCUCCUUCAUCUGUGAAAUGCCAAACUGUGGUGCUGUACUGCAGUAUUUCUUGGGUUUUAUUUUUUUUUAUUUCCUCCCCCCUACUCCCCAUCAGGUGUUCAGUUCCCGACAAGCACUAAAUGGCCAUGCUCGCGUUCAUGGAGGUACGAAUCAGGUGACAAAAACACGAUGCACCGUUCCAGGCACUAAGCAGAAAUCUGGUACGCAGAGCGGAUACUGCUCCAUUAAGAGUUCACCUGCCCACAGCACAACAAGCGGUGAGACUGACCCAACAACAAUUUUUCCUUGUAAGGAGUGUGGCAAGGUAUUUUUCAAAAUCAAAAGCCGCAAUGCUCAUAUGAAGACUCACAGACAACAAGAAGAACAGCAAAGGCAGAAGGCUCAGAAAGCUGCUGUGGCAGCAGAAAUGGCAGCCACUAUUGCGAGAACUACUGGGCCGGUUGGGCAUAGUUUGAUCCCUCUGGAUCACAUGAGUUUGGUUAAACAUGUUGAAAAUGUUGGUGACAUUGACGAUGAUGUUGUUCAGGAACUGGGCGAUGUCAUGGAAGAGAAUGAAGUCAUGGAUGCUGACCUUUUAUUGGAUGAUGAAGAUGCAGAUCUACUGCAGGAUGAUGCUGAGUUGUAA